UGGAUUAACAAAAACGGAAUAGAUGGCUAUAAUUUUAUUUCUAUUUUUCUCUUGAGACAUCCUGUUAAAGAAGGAAGGACCCUAUCUGCUGUGGAGAAUGGACCGGGACACAGAAAGAGCAUGCAGGACUUGGCUGUAGAAGGCCAGUGCUGCUGGGGCCCAACAUCAGCUCUCCUGGGACCAUGUGGGACCAAGCACGAAGCUGACGGACCCAGGCAUGUAGAUGGAGACCCAGCUGGGCGAAGGAAGAAACUCCUGCAGUCUGUAUAAGCCUUCAAGUGACCCUGAAGCUGGCAGAACCCACGAGUGGGCAUGGCCACCCUCAGAACACACCCAGGGAGAUGGAAAUAGACCGUGCUGCUACUCUUCGUCUCCUACGAUAGAACCGACAUGGGACAGCAACAUGGAAACAGGAAAGGUCUCACCCACAGAGAAGUCCCCCGUGUCGUUGGGCUGUUGCUCGCCAUGGCCCUCAUGAACAUGCUGCUUUACCUCUGCCUCGAUCAGUUCUUCAUCUCCCCUGGGCGAUCCACUGAGGGCCCUGAACGCUGUCCGCAUGGUCACUUCAGAAUUGGACGGAUGAAAAAUUGCUCGCGCUGGUUGUCCUGUGAGGAGCUGAGGACAGAAGUGAGGCAGCUGAAGCGCAUUGGGGAAGGAGCCGUGAAGAGAGUCUUUCUGUCUGAGUGGAACGAACACAAAGUUGCUCUCUCCCGGCUCACCAGGCUGGAGAUGAAGGAUGACUUCCUCCACGGACUCCAGAUGCUGAAGUCUCUACAGAGUGAGCACGUGGUCACGCUGGUUGGCUACUGCGAGGAAGACAGCACCAUCCUUACCGAAUAUCACCCCUUUGGUUCCCUGAGCAACCUGGAAGAAACACUAAACCUUUCAAAGUACCGAGAUAUGAACACCUGGCAGCACAGGCUGCAGCUAGCUGUGGAGUACGUCGGCGUCAUUAACUACCUGCACCGCAGCCCCCUGGGCACGAGGGUCAUGUGCGACUCUAACGACCUACCCAAAACGUUGUCUCAGUAUCUGCUGACAAGUAACUUCAGCAUUGUGGCAAAUGACCUGGACGCUCUGCCCCAGGUGGACCACGGCUCUAGGGUACUUGUGAAGUGUGGCCACAGGGAGCUCCAUGGGGAGUUUGUGGCUCCAGAGCAGCUGUGGCCCUACGGAGAAGACAUACCUUUCCGAGAUGAUCUCAUGCCCUCCUAUGAUGAGAAGAUCGACAUCUGGAAGAUUCCAGAUGUCUCCGGUUUCCUCUUAGGGCACGUGGAAGGAAGCGAUAUGGUUCGAUUCCACCUGUUUGAUAUACAUAAGGCGUGUAAGAGCCGGGUCCCCGCAGAAAGACCCACAGCUCAGCAUGUUCUGGACGCUUACCAGAGGGUUUUACAUUCGCUCAGAGACGCUGUGAUGUCUCAGACAAAAGAAAUGCUGUGAAAUUAAGCCAUCGAGUGAUGGUGGGCUUUACGGCUGAAAGCUAUCCCAGACAGUCUACUCUUCAUGAGCUUCGUCUUUUGUUGACCUUGGCUCUUCGGCCACGAAGGCCCUCCUCUACAUCUGGCUGCACGUUUGAGUGUGCUCUGCUCUCCCAGCAACCUGGAUGGAAGUUGCCAAGCGAGAAAAACCU